UGCCCCCCCCCUCCUCGGCUCGGAGGAGAUGGUAGAACCCACUUCCGGAUUUCCACCUUCCCAGCCCCGCCUCCGGCCGCAGGAAAUCUCGCGAUGGAGGGAGGAGGCGGUACACCCCCAGAAAUACUUGAAGAAAGUCAGUCAGGAUGUAGUCUACCUACAGGUCUUGGAGCCAGCGGUUUGAAGAAAAGCAGUUGGGGGUUCUUCCUUACUGGGAUCGUUGGUGGGACCCUGGUGGCCGUGUAUGCCGUGGCCACCCCGUUUCUAACACCGGCCUUCCGAAAAAUUUGUUUGCCAUUCGUACCCGCAACUACAAAGCAGAUUGCCAACGUUGUGAAAAUGUUGCAUUGCAGAAGAGGGUCCCUGGUCGACAUUGGCAGUGGCGACGGACGUGUUGUGAUAGCAGCUGCAAAGGAGGGAUUCACCGCUGUCGGUUAUGAAUUAAACCCAUGGCUCGUUUGGUACUCCAGAUACCGUGCUUGGCGAGAAGGGGUGCAGGACUCUGCCAAAUUUUAUAUCUCAGAUUUGUGGAAGGUUACUUUUUCGCAGUACACAAACGUGGUUGUUUUUGGUGUGCCUCAGAUGAUGCCACAGUUGGAGGAGAAACUCGAGCUUGAACUGAAGGAUGACGCCAGAGUCAUUGCUUGCCGGUUCCCUUUCCCUCGCUGGACCCCAGACCACGUCACCGGGGAGGGGGUAGACACCGUGUGGGCCUACGACCUGAGCACGCUGCGAGGCAGGAGGCCCUGAAGACGUUUCCAGCCGGUCAUUCAAGUGUAGACUUUAUGGAGAGUGGUUUCCCAAGUGAUGGUGGUCUUCGGUUUCAUAGAGAUCUGCAGCUGUGUCGUCAGCAAAGAGUCUGUUUUUCUUCACUAUGGAAUGAAAAUCUAUUACUUUCCUUAACUUUUGGAAAACAAACAGAAGUUAAGAACAGCAGGUAGAUUUAAAGUCCCUUUUCGUGGCAUAUUCAAAAAAGUGGUCUUCUUUCCCACGCGCUCUGAUGUAUGAAAAUAUGACCAGGGGAUGGUCAACGUUGAUGGGCGGGAGAGAUGUGAACAGCUCUUCACGCUACAAAAAGUAUGAUUUAAUGCCAGAGAUGAACAGAAACACUUUUUAAAGAGGCUGUGCAGUAGGAAAUGUUUGCAGUUUCAUCUAACUUUAUUCAUACUUAAGAUUUGUCUUUCUUUCUUUCUGUACUUCAUGGCAACGUUUUCUAAAGGACUCAGGCGCUCCUAUUUUAUAACAUUGAUUAGGAAUAAUUUGUUGUGAGGCCAGCGCUUUACUGUAUUUUCUUGGAUCUGAGGUGUCUAUACGUGUGCGUGUAAACGUGUGGAUAGACACACACGUUUGACCGCUUCUGAAGUUGUGACGUACCUUCCGGCUAAUGGUGUUUUGUGUCUACGAUCGGCAGCAUUGCACAUCACGACGUAGCUGUAGCCACCACGGAUGGAAUGUCAGAUGUGAUGCGAGGUGCUCAGAGGAGAUGCAGGACGUUCUGGAGUUAUAGGUAAUAACAUAAGCCGUCAUGAGUUUGGGCGCAGCCAGACCUGGGAUCACAUCCCUGCUCGGCGACCAGCCUUGCACCAGUGGCUUGACCUCCUGGAGCCUCGCUUUCCCGAGUGUCCCCAGCCUCUGUUGGGAUAAUGAUACACCGAACAGGGGACUCUUUUUUUGUAAAACUCAGGACGCAAAGUCUUUGGUCUUAUCAUUUUAGAUACUAAAGAAGUCACAGAUUAUUUCUGCUAGUCGCAUCUUUAUUUCAUGAAAGUAGCCAUUCAUUUAGUAUUCUCGUUUAGGAGAAGAAACCUGACUGAUUUAGAUAAAGACAAGUUAUGGAAAACCUUUGAAUGUGAAUAGAUAGGCUUCACGUAUCUGAAACGUUAAUCUAUUAAAUGGUGGCUCUAAUAAUCCCUGUGUAUCACAGAAAAGGAUUGAGCUCCCGAUCGUACACCUGUAACCUAAAUACCAAACUGUGUCUUCAUGGAGGUUUGAUAAAAUGAGAUGGUUUGUAUUUCUAACUAAACUCACGAGAAUACGA